AAAUUAGUCACAAGUCGGUAGCGAUGUGAGGCGGACGCCCGAUCGUUCGCUUUGAAAGCUUCGCGCUCUUUCGCGCAAGGGGCGUUCCGUCCCACGAAUUUAGGGCAACCUACACUUCCUUCCCGUUCUCUCUUAGCAGUGUGUGUGCAUAGUCGUCUCUUUCGCACAAUUUCUCUUUGCCCCUGAUAGUGUCAUUGAUGUAAUCUGUUCAAUGUUUACGUUGUGGUUGCUAUCAGGUGAUGAAAGUACUUAUCAGCAGAAGUGAUUAUCGAGUGCCUCUGGCUGGCUGGAGUUACUGCGGACAUUUACGUGGUAAUGGGCAGACCGGCAGCGGCCAGGUGACUGCUGUACCAUGCCGGUGCUGCGCAACGCCGACCACCCCGCCGCCAGGGUCACCGACUCGCUCUACACCAGAUAUGUGGUGGCUGUGCUGGGCGCCUGGGCCGCUGAGGCAGCGACAUACCCGUUUGACUUGACAAAGACCAGACUACAGAUCCAAUCCGAGGUAGCGGCCACCAAAGUAGGAUAUAAGAUAGAAAACCAUGGGAUGAUCAAGACAGUAAUGGCCAUAGCCAAGCAGGAGGGCAUCACCAAGCUGUGGUCGGGGCUGAUGCCGAUGUACCAGCGGCACGCCAUCUACUCCGGGAGCCGGCUGCUCUUCUACGAGGAGUUCAGGAGCCGGGUCAGCACCGACGGGACCGGACAGAUCUCGCUCGGCUACGCGUCUUUGGGCGGUCUGUUAGCUGGCUCGCUGGCGCAGCUGAUCGCGUCGCCCACGGACCUGGUGAAGGUGCAGAUGCAGGCGGAGGGGCGCCGCCGGCUGCAGGGCAAGGCGCCGCGCUUCGCCAACUGCCGGCAGGCCUACGCCAUGUUGUAUGCUGAGAGCGGGAUUUGGGGCUUUUGGAGAGGAGCGGUACCGAACGUGCAGCGCGCCGCCCUGGUCAACAUGGGUGACCUGGCCGCCUACGACUUCACCAAGCACUACCUGAUUCGAGAGUACCAUCUGGAGGACAACGCGAUUGUGCACUUCGCGGCCGCCUUCAACGCGGGCUUCGUGGCCGCCGUGGUGGGCACCCCCGCUGACGUCAUGAAGACCAGGCUCAUGAACCAGCCCGUCGGGCCGGAUGGAAGGGGCACACUAUACCGAGGGAUGAUCGAUUGCCUGCAGCAGACCGUGAAGAAUGAGGGCAUCCUGUCUCUGUACAAGGGGUUCCUACCGCUGUGGAUGCGGCUGGGGCCCUGGGCGCUCAUCAACUGGAUCGCAUUCGAGAACAUCAUGCUCGCUAUAGGAGGGAAAACCUUCUAGAACUAGUUAUUACUAAGGGCCAGUGUUUUGUACCCUAGUUAACUUAACCAUUGGUCAAAGUCUAUUUCAAGCAUGACAGCUGCAUAUAAAUUUUAUUGGUGUAGUAAUGGUUGUGACUUUGUACCAAUGGUUUACUACGGAUCAAGAAACUGGUCCUUACUGUGCAGGAUAUUGAGGCAGUUUAAAUCUCUCUCUAUACUAGGUUGACGUCCAAAGGGGGGGUGUGUGUUGUCGUAGCAAUAAGCAGUUAUAAUCACAAUCGACACCAAUUUAACUUAAUAUAUUAUGUUUUUACUGAUUUAUAUCAGCAACACUGCAAUAUAUUAAUUAUAGGGUAUUAUAGAUAAUACCUGUUUUAGUUUUAGUACAAAAUAAUGUAGUUAAGUAGAUUGCUUAUUGUUAUACUGGUUGAAAGAUUGAAGGAUGGGUGAUGUUAAGCCUUUUAUAAUGUGGUUGAGUCAGUUGAAAUGAUUAUCCCAAAGAUUCUAUAAAUAAUAGAAAUAAGUAUAUUUUACUUCAUUUUACAGAGUGUUAGGUUUUUAAUUUUGUUUGAAUACAUAGUUAGUAUUUGGCAAAGUUACUUCAUGUUUA